AUGAGGGGUUACGUUUUGGCGUUUUUAGUCUUAGGGAUAGUGGCGGCGAAUGAAAUUGAUAAUGAGAUGUCAACACCAGAAGACUCACUAAAACGUGGCCUCACAAACAAAUGUGUGUCACGCGAGACGUCCUCCUGUAUCGCCAUCGAACUAGUCGGAUAUGUAGACAGAAUGCUGAGAACCGCUGCCUUCCAGCUUUCAGACGACCUGAUGAUUGUGGAUGAGAGCAAUGGUGCCGCAGCUGAAAUACCAAUCAAGUCAGAAUCCCUCGCAAGAGCGGGAACAUCUUUAGAGGACCAAGCACAACAGCUGAUCGUGGAUAAGCUAUGGAACUUCGCGACCACCCGGUCGUUUAGGUACAGACUACUGGACAACGCUGAUGUGGUCAUCGCUGGGAAGACAGAAAAUGACGGCUCUUUGGGUGUCGGCGUAUCAAUGAAAGCACAUAAAGCCAUCGAAAGCGGUAGAGCAAGGAACAAGAACUUCGGCCCAUUCCUCGCAGCCGCUGCCAUGAAGAUGGGACUCCUUGGUGCAUUGACCUUCAAAGGCCUCUACCUAAUGGUUGGAAAGGCCCUCCUGGUGUCGAAGAUCGCACUGCUCUUGGCAACUAUCAUUGGAUUGAAGAAACUGUUCUCUCCUCAGGUGACCGACUAA